AUGGAUUCGGAGGAGGGGGAAGAUGAUUUUUUCAUUAGUGCAGCUACUAUCGAAGAUGAUAUCUACUUACAAGACACCGUUUAUAUUGAAUCUAAAUCUCCAGUGAAAAUACGCGAAAUAUCAGAAAACAGGGUGGGGCAAGUAUCAAAGCCUGAACGGGCUGAAUCAGAUAAUGAAAAGUCAUCCACCUCAGACGAGGAGAGCUUAUGUGAGAGUAAUAUUCAGAUAGUGGACCCACCGCAGGAUAUCAAAACAGCUACAAUAUCACCCAGAAAACGGCAAAGUCGACGUAGAGGUCCCAGAGGCAGACAAUUUCGUUCAGAUAGUGAUUCGGACAAGAGUUACAGAUCUGAAAACUCUCAAUCACCAGAACCAAGACCGAAGCGUCAAAAGUCAUCAAGUACCGUGGCAAGCCUCCUAGAACCUGAUGAGAAUGAAGAGUUUUUCAAUGAGAUAGCGAAGGAAACUACAGCUCGAUCAUUUGAAACCAGAAAAAUCAACUCUGAACAGUUGAAAAGAAUUUACAAUAUACGAUUUUUGUCGAAAUUGGAUGGUACAAUAAACAAAACGGUACAAGUUAAAGUUCUGGGUAAGUAUGAGCUUUCAAGCAUUUUACCCACAGUUUUGGAGAGACUUGUAAAGAAGUUUGAAAUACCAGAUGUAAUGAGAAAUAUUUACGCAGCAGAAAAUGUAUCUUUAUACUGGAAUAAUGCAAAGUUACUGAAGUUCAUGACAUGUAACUCAUUGGGCGUUGCUCAAACGGUAAAGGAUGAAAUAUCAAAUAUAGAUAUCCUUAUGGUACCAAAGGAAUACGAAUCAAAAUUUGAAGAGGACAUUAGAAUUCAACUGUUGAAGGAGGAAGCUGAAGCGGCGAAAGAAGCUCUUCGCAGAAAAAACAAUCAUGAAAUUAGCACUAGUAAUUUUAAAGAUCAGCUUACAGGCGAUAUUGACGAGUUUGAAAGGGAGCUGAAGAAUUCUGAGGAUAUCAAAAACUCCCAUUUAUUUUCCAACCAAGACAUUGAAGUUGAGUGCAUAAAUUUAGAUAGUGAUGAUCAUGAUGAGUUGAUUAAGGUUGCAUUAGUGGGAGAUGACAAUAAGAAACUAUACGUUAAUGUCAGAACAUCCACUUAUAUCUGCAAAAUUGUAGAAUAUUAUAAAGAACAUAAAGAUGUACCCGAAAACGCUGUAAUUAAAUUAGUGUUCGAUCAUGAAGAGCUUGAUCAGUCACAAACUGUUGGACAGCAAGAUUUGGAAGAUGAAGAUAUGAUAGAAGUAGUGGUUAUCUGA